UGGCUGACUGAAAAGUGGUAUUUCACAGAAAAAGGGUAGAUUUUUGCGUGUUUCCCCCCUUUUGGAGGGGAUUAAAACCCUAAGAUGGAUGUCGAUGAUGAUAUGAUGUAUGAUGAAGACUCUGAGAAUGGAACGAGCGAUAACGACGAAGAUUUAGGGAUUGAAAUGGGCAUUACUGAGCCCACCACAAAUCAGGAAAAAGCAGAUUUGGAGGAGUUCAACUUCCAAGUUCUCAGUCCUGAAGAAAUUGUGCAACACAUGGUAGACUGUAUAAAAGAAGUGACUCAAAUUGUUGAGAUUCCAGCCACAACUACCCGUAUACUUCUUAAUCAUUUCAAGUGGGACAAAGAGAAAUUACUAGAAAGGUUCUGGGAUGGAAAUCAAGAUGAAAUGUUUAGAAAAGCCUGUGUAAUUAGUCCUUACCAAAAAGGCAAGGGGACAAAGAAAAGUAGUAGCAAGGCACCAGCUGCUACUGCUCAAGACCUGACGUGUGAGAUCUGUUUUCUGUCGAUGCCAAUCAGUAUGAUGUCUGGUUUGGAAUGUGGGCACAGAUUUUGCAUGCAGUGCUGGGCAGAGUAUCUGACUACCAAAAUCAUGGAUGAGGGCAUGGGACAGACGAUAUCCUGUGCUGCUCAUAAAUGUGACAUUCUAGUAGAUGAUGCCUCUGUUAUGAAAUUAGUAACAGAUCCCCGAGUAAAAUUAAAAUAUCAGCAUUUAAUCACCAAUAGCUUUGUAGAGUGUAAUAGAUUAAUGCGUUGGUGUCCAGCGCCUGAUUGUGGAAAUGCUGUAAAAACUGCAUAUUACGAUUCAAAACCAGUUACUUGUUCGUGUGGCUAUACAUUCUGUUUUGCCUGUGGUGAGAACUGGCAUGACCCAGUGAAAUGCAAGUGGCUCAGGAAAUGGAUCAAGAAAUGUGAUGAUGACAGUGAAACCUCGAACUGGAUUGCCGCCAAUACUAAGGAAUGUCCCCGUUGCCAUGUAACCAUUGAGAAGGAUGGUGGGUGCAAUCACAUGGUGUGCAAGAACCAGAACUGUAAGGCGGAUUUCUGCUGGGUCUGUCUCGGUCCUUGGGAACCACAUGGCUCGUCAUGGUACAACUGUAAUCGCUAUGACGAGGAAGAAGCGAAAAAGGCUCGGUGCGCGCAAGAAGUUAGUCGAUCACGGGCAGCUCUGCAGAGGUAUCUCUUCUACUGCAACAGAUACCUGAACCAUAUGCAGAGUCUCAAGUUUGAACACAAGUUGUAUGCAUCUAUCCGAACGAAGAUGGAAGAGAUGCAACAACAUAACAUGUCGUGGAUCGAGGUGCAGUUCCUCAAGAAGGCCGUGGAUGUUCUCUGUCUCUGCAGGCAGACGCUGAUGUAUACUUACGUAUUCGCUUUCUACCUGAUGAAGAACAAUCAGUCCAUUAUAUUUGAGACCAACCAGAAAGAUCUAGAACUGUCAACAGAACAACUGUCAGAGUAUCUAGAGCGCGACAUUACUUCUGACAUGCUAAUAGAUAUCAAACAAAAGGUGCAGGAUAAAUAUAGGUAUUGUGAGAGCCGAAGGAAUGUUCUCUUGAGCCAUGUACACGAGGGAUAUGAAAAGGAUCUGUGGGAGUACCAGGACGACUUGUAAAUAGACUGAUGUAAAAACUGUUGUAUAUAUCAAACUUAGAAUAACACACAGGGUGGGACAGUUUUCAACCAUCACCUUGUCUUCAAUGAAGAUUCUUGCGUCGGAGUUGUUUUACUCGCUUUCAAUGAAGACUGUAGUUGCUGCACACAAUGAUUUGCCUGUUCCGUUUCUAGGUAUUGUUUUGGGAUGUAGCCUUGUCACUUUAAAAUACUGUAAAAUCUCUUAUUUCGUGUGAGCUUUAUUUUUGGCGAGGGUGCUAUAAUUGUGAAAAGGUGACACACAAGGUUUUUCAUGAGGACCUUUCCAAAAACGUGAUUUUGAAACAGUUGUUAAGACAUGAUGAUAGUUAAGAAAAAUAAAAUCCCCACUGAAAUAAUUGACUUUACAGUAUGGCUGAUCAAACACUGAUCAUAGAUCAUACAUUGUACAUGUACUGUGUUGGCCGUUAGUUGAUUGUUUUUGAUGGGUGAGCGGGACAGUUUUUGGGAGUUACAUUAUCCCAGAUUGAAUUUGAUAAGCUGAUGUGACAGAGAUCUAAGUUAUUAUGUAAGUGCAGGUCUACACAGCUCCCUUAAUACUAUUGUCACCAAUAACCAGUAUAUUCAUUUGCCCUCCUGCUGGCCAAUGCUUAACCAGGGCACAAGAAAAGGGUGUUCUAUUCAGUACAUGUUUCUACUGGGGCACAGGACAUGCAUGUAUUUUGUAUUCAUUCAUAGAGACCUGCUCACUUCGUAUUGUACAUGUAAUCCUGGUAGUCUGUGGUGUAAUUUCACACAGUUGGCUGCAGUGUUUUUACCUGAAUUUUGCUUAGUUGGCAAAUUUUCUUUCUUUAUAAACAUGACGGAAGGAAUGCUUGCUCAACUACGACUCCUGGUGUUCUCAUAUGGCCUGUAGAAUCAUUGUGUGUUUUUUAUUGACUUUUGUAAUUAACUGCUUGAUUUGAAAUUAAACAGUAUUGUGUAGAUAAUAGAAGAGUGGUUUAUCACCUGUGUAGUGUCGCCACCUUUUUAUUGGGAAUGAACAUCUUAGCGUAAACGGUGAUAAUACGCACGACUCGGCGAUGAUAUAUAAGCCGCACUUACACCACCUGAUAAUGGACCACCAAUCUUGGUUCGGGAACCAAUGCCGCACCAUCAAAAAUCCACCAAGCGCUUACACCAGCGCUGCAGCUAGUUAUAAAUCCGGCUACAGAUGGCGCGCAAACAACAAAUUGCAUGCGCAGAAAGCGAACCAUCUAACUAGCUAAUUGCCGAUCCAUUUGCGCGUACACCACGACAAAGCCGAACUUUUAACAAGCCGGGCGAAUUUGGACCAUCAAGCUUGGUGGGACAAAUUCGCUCUGCAAUUUGUAUCGGCAAUGGAUUGCCGAACCAAUUUGUCGCGGCAAUGUGGUGGUGUAAGUGCAAUUGGUCCACCAAUAUUUCGUGGUGUAAGCGCAGCUAUUGUCUGAUAUUAUACCCCUCAUACAGCACAUGUACAUGCCUGCCUCAGUUGUACGCCAUUACUGUGGAAAGCACUGUUAAGCACAGUGGCCAUCAUUGGUUUAUUCUGUGGAGACUUUCCUGUUACCUUGCAAAUCAGUACUGGCUAUGAUCCAAUCUAAUUUGAUCUAAUUUCCUUCCUUGGAAAUCAUGCCGUGCAAAACAGGACCCUGUUAUCGUUUGUGACUCCUAAAAGUAAGAGGAAGGCAUUCAUGAUAUCACUAUUUUUGUUAUGCCACUUGUGCUCUUUGUCAUUACCAGGAGUAAUUCUUUCUUAUACUAGGUUUUGUUUUCUUAGAAUGUUGGAUAGCAAUUCGUCCUCGGUGGCCACUUUCUUUUUCUCUUGCAUUCUUGCACCCUUUGUUGAAGAUGUAUUUCAUGUUGUAACGUCAGAAGACAUAUAAUUGCCACCCCAUGCAUAUUAUUGCCAUUUACGUCAUGUUAUUGCCAUAAAAUAGUUUGCGAUUAUACGCUCUACGAUGUGACAAUAUUAUGUCUCCUGAUGUAAUAGAAGUCAAACUUUUCCACGUUAAAAAGGUCUGCCAAAGUUGGGGUGAGGGACUUUAAGCAUCGGACUGAACUGUAGCAUGUCUGGCACAAUGAGAAAUUCAACUCACUGAAAAGAAUAAAAUCAGUAAAAAAAUGCUGGGAAAAUUCAAGCCCAAAGUUAACGAACGAGUGGGCAGAGCAGAAUAGUGGAAACUUCGCUGCUGGUCAGCAAUAUGGAAAUGGAUCAGGAGAGAGACACGGAAAUAAUAGAUUCUCAGUGCACUUGUGCCAAUAGCGGAUCGGACUAAUAGAGAUUUGAUUCAGAAGGAAAUUAUAUGUGUUUAGAACAGUUUUUCCUUAAAACAUCAGGUUGAGAGCUAAGAGUCAACGACAUUUAGGGUAUUAUUAGUCUAUGAACAACUUUGGGCAAUUUUUGCUUACUUUGUGGGUAGUUUGCUCUCACUGGGACAACCCGUAAACCAUCAGAUACAGUUCAUGAAAUGUAGAUUGAAGCCUGAUAAACUGCCUGUCCUAAAAUGUAUGAUUUCGCGUAGCUAACAUCUACUGUGUGUUUAGGGUCUUUAUUGAUUCUUGUACAAAACCAUACUUGUACUCUGCCUGUAUAUCUACAAUGAUAUGAUUACUGAAUAUUGUACAUUACUGUUUCACUGUGGUUUCUUGAUGACAUUUGGAGACUUCUGAGAACAUGUCGAUUGUAUGACUCCAUGGUUGCCUAUAACCCUUUAAAAGGGCAUCUAGUUUGUAUCUGACCUAUAGACACAUGCGUAUAAGUUCACAGAGUUGUAUUGUUUUCCCAAUAUAGCUUUUGUAUAUGUUGAGAAUUUGCUCAGGUUCUUUUUGGGUAUUUAAGCUUUUAUUGUCAUUAUUCAAGAACAAGUAACUUAUAGUUAGGACCCCCUACCCUUUGGCCUGCCAGUACUAGUGGUGUGAAGUCUCAAUUUCAUAUUUCCGAUAUAAUACAUUCAUCAAAACAGCUAACUUCAGAAGUUAAUGUAAUGAAAUAAAUGUUGAAUGCUAAUCCUGGAAGUACAGUGUAUGGUGAUGUCACGUCAGAUAGCAAAUACAAGGAGAAAAUUUUCCCAAAUAUUCUACAUGUAUACUGAAUUAAAAAACGAUUCUGCACCUCUUUUAAUGAGACUGUUACCAACUACCAUUUGAGUAGUGGAAUAGGAAAAAUAGGGCACUUAACAGAUGAAACCAAAAUCAUCAUCAACCUUUUUCUGGCUUGGUUGCUAUUGUGUGGUUUUUAAAAAAAUGUGGGGAGACACCCUUGUUACCUUAUUGUGUAAACGCAGUAUAAUCAGUGGGUUAAUAAAACGUGCUGAUUUUGUUUUAGUUGGAUAUAUUGGAAUCGUUUGAGAUGAUGAUUCCUUUGUGGUGGAAUGCGUAUACCAGACUGUACCGUACUGUUGGUAAUGAUCGACUGAUAUUUAUUGUAUGUGUCUCUCCAUCUUGACAUGAUGAAGAGGACUCUGCCAUGUCAAGGGAACCAUGUACAUGUAAAGAGAAUUUUCUUUCAAUGCCGACAUUGUUCCUGAUUCAUUGGAAAUAAAAUAUAUCCCAGUACCUAAA